AUACAAUAGUUACUGGCUCGAAAACAUAAACAGCUGCGAUUUUAUAAUGUGCUAAGUUAUAAGGAAAAUAUAGAAGAAAACAUGUCGCGUAAAUUGCUGACUUAUUUGGAAACUUUAAUUAAUGAUGUGGAGAGAUUACUGCCCUUUAUAUUUCGUCAAGGGGGGCCACCGCCUGCUUUAAGCUUUGCUGCUCAACCUAGUUAUUGGACUAUCAAUAAUGACAGUAGAUCACACAGGCCAUAUUCUUUUAAAGAUUUGCUUGGGGAUGGAUUUUUAUGGGCUGUACCAAAACAUCGACGCACAAUUGAGAAACGCUUGAAUCGUAAAUUCGGUUAUCCGGAAUACAACUGGAAACUGCUUAAAGUUAAAACGCAUUUACGCACUUGUAACCAUUGUGGGCACGAUUAUGAGGCCGGUUUAUUAUGCACCAAUUGCUAUAAUAAAGUGCGCGAAGAAACCAAACAAAUGCAAGAGAAGAUACAAGAAGAGUUGGGUCUGGAACCCAUUGAAAAAGACGUUAUAGUAUUGUACGAAGGUGAACGUAAAGAGCAGCCGGCGGAGUUCCUAAAUGGUAAGCGUAUUGUGGAAAUGCCAAAACUAAGACCAAUGUGGUUCACCAAAAAUUUACUGCAAAAAACUACACAACAACCUGCAACUACCAAAGAAGUCAAACCCAAUGAUUUAGCUUAAGAGAAUUACAUGGAUAUCAAAGGA